AUGUCUACUCCUCACCUUCACGACUCCAGCUCUCAGAAUGGAGCAGUAGCUCGAUCAGCUAGCCGGAGUUCGCUAGACGCCGACAUCGCACUUAUGAACAAGCUCCUCUCAGAGGAUGUAGACGAAUCCGAUCCCAGCAUCGAGGAGCUGCUGAAGCGGCUCGAGGCUGCAGAGGGUCUCGCGGAUGGCGUGGAGGAGCGUUUGGACGUGGUGAUAGGCAGUCUAGACGAGCUCUUGAACGAUCUUGAGGCGACGCAGGGAGAAGACGGGAAGGGAGCGGAGUCCCAGAAGGAUGGGGUUCAGGUCGGGGCGAUGGCAAAAACGAACUCGAGCGCUGUCGGUCGAGAAACUGCUGGGGAGCCAUAG